AUGUACGGGGCAUCCCUCGAAUGGCUCAUCCACCCACCUCCAUCCGAGACUCAUCCUGAACGUACCACUGCCCGCCAGUUGUUGAUCCUCGAAGGCCAUGGGCAACAUAUCCCUACAUCAUUCGUCUACCUAUCUGCGCAAAUCGCCGCACGUAACGACUUUCGCCAGCGCUUCCCUCACAUUGUGGCGUUGAGGGCGCAAUGCGAAACUUCGCAUUGCCUACGAGGGGCAAUACACUGGGCCGUCGGACUUGGGCCAUCUCUCACUACUUUAUCGUUGCGAUUGCCCCGAAGCGUAACAGCUGAAGUCCAGGCGGUGGCGCUGCGCAGCAUACGUGGAAGAGUGCCGUACCUACAACGCCUGGAGAUCGAGAUGGAUCUGCGAGGACUGAGCGAAGGGCAGGCACUGGAUCUAGCUUUGCAAGUGGUCGCUUUCUGCGACGACUUGAGAAGCUUGACGGUGCUAAGUCUGCCUGUGGAGGUACUGGAGACAGCCUGGCAAGUACGUGGGCAAGCUGUGUCCAGUCUACCGUUGCUCCGGGAGUUGUCACUCAGUACGCAGUCCCGAACCGCUCUGUCAAGGCAGCCGCCCGUACGCGAGGGCGGCUUCAAUAACUUGCAUACUCUGCGUAUCCGAGCACCUCUAUUCCAAUGCGCCGACAUUUUAGGCUCCACGAGCAAGAACCUCAAACGGCUAGACAUUCAAUGCGAUUUCCUGGAGAACGCGCAUAUCAUCACCGGCAGCUUACGCACUAUUACCAACUUCUGCUCCACCACGAUCUCCCACAGUACUUUCCUGGAACUCCCUUCGAAGAAGCCACAUAGCAUGUUGCCCGCGAACAUGAACGCGUUGUUCUCUCCGCGCGGUAUCCCUUCCCCCGUUCUUCUGUCCAAUCUCACCGACAUCGAACUCACGUUCACGCAAGGCAGCCCAGAAGGCUUACGGCUAUGUACCUUCGCACCUCUGUUAUCGGCACAAGCCUUGCGUCGGCUGUCCAUUAGAUACCCAUAUGCGCUCUCAUACACCGCAGAUGAUCUGGGAGACAUGUUGGGUAGCUGGCACAGCAUCCAGUCCUUGUAUCUCAACCCUCGGCCUUCGCGGGGGCUCAUUAGCCUCAGUUCCACACCUUCUGUCGGCAUUCUAUCUGCCGUUGCUCGCUGCGGGCCCUGUCUCCAGAACUUCUGUGCCCUGGUGGAAGGUUUGGGGACGUGUCGGCCGCUUCCUGAGCGCACCUGGGCACCAAGCUUGCAGAAGUUGGACCUGGGGCACUCGCUGGGGACGCGCCAAAAUGAAGAAGUGUUGGUGGCAGCAAAGUAUAUUCGUAGCCUCUUUCAUGCUGUGCACAUCGAGACCGAAGACUGUUCAGAUUGGGUUGUAGACGUGGCAGCGGCGUUCGGUACUAUUGAUGAUGCUGAGUAGUAUCUCACUUUCUGGAUUUUGAUUGCGAAAAUACCGUAUUUAUUGCGUCUGCGAUGCCAGCUAGAGCUUUUCUCACUGGUUCACUUUGCACACGGGAGCUAGAUGGUCGGUGCUUGGGGUUAGGGGU